UAUAGACGUGGAAAGUCAAAUGAGUGAUGAAUGUAAAAUAGAAAGGCGGAGAAGUGAAGUGCCAUCUCCUGAUGUAGGUUUUUAAGCGAAAUUUCAUCCAUUCUUCUACUUGUCUCAUUAUGCAGAUGGUUGUAUCAGAACUUGAAGACAUUACUUUGAGUAAAUUUUCAGCUGGGGGUAGCCCGAAAGACGGGGAAGAUGACCUAGAAAUCUUUGCUUUGGGGAGACACAUCUGCUAUAUCGUUGCAGCCGUGAUUAUUCGAGAGGAUGGGAAAAUAUUGAUGAUGAGAGAAGCUAAGGAAUCUUGUCUAGGGAAGUGGUACCUACCCGCUGGUCGCUUGGAAAAGAACGAAAGUCUAGUUCAAGGUGCUAAAAGAGAGGUUAUCGAAGAAACUGGAUUGGAAUUCGAGCCAUCAACAAUGAUUUGCAUUGAUACCGUCUUUGGAAACUGGAUUCGGGUGACGUUUACAGGAAAAAUAAUAGGGGGAAAACUCAAGACAAAGCCUGAUAAGGAAUCCUUGGGAGCCGCGUGGUUUUCAAGGGAGGAUAUAUUUACGAAAUUGAAGCUGAGAGCUUACGAUAUAUGUCCUGCGAUUGAUGUUACUUUGCAAUGGCAUCAUUCACGUCGCGAUGAUGUGUUAUUUAGAUCUAUGCCAGUAAAAAAUCCACAACACAAAGUGUCAAUUAUAAUUUUGGCUGUUUUAAAAAAAAAUGAUGAAUUAGACGUUCUGUUGAGAAGUUCCAAGAAUGGAAUACCAAAGCUUCCCAAAGAAUUUAUCUCCCCUUAUCAUGGAAUUAAAGAAAUGGUGAAAGUCGUGUUACAAUCAGCUGAUCAACACAUAGAGUAUGAUAUCAGUGGGGUCUUGAAAAUUGAGCAUGUUGGCAGUCCACAUGGCGCCGCAGAUGGAAUGUGUCUGUCUGUCCUUGUCAAUGUGAAGAAAUGUAAUCUUGUUUCAGAGAAGUUUCAUUGGAUAAAUGUUUCUAGUGACUCUCUGAAGAGUAAGAUUUUUAAGCUUCUUGACACUCAAGGUUGUGUUUCCUUAAUAAGCACAUGAUACCUGGUGCUGCACCUUAACUGACCCAUAAUUCCUAACUGAAUGAAACCAAGAAUAUAUUUAAUUGGUUGUUAUUUUAUGAAACACCAAGAAACUUGGCAAAUAAGUGCAGCUCAUGCAAUAUGAAAUCAUUAUACAGAGAAAACAUGGGUAUGUUUUUUAAACAGCUUUAUUGUA